AUGGAGCAGUCUGUUCCGAGAUCGAGGGGCCGUCCGAGGAAACGGAGAAAGGAGGACGAGAAGGAAGGAAAAUCUGUUCCGGCCGCUAAGAGGCAAGCAGUGGAAACAAAACCAAUAGUAUUGGUUGGUAAAUAUGUUUUGAAAAAGUUCCCUAGAAAUGGUGUUUUUCUAGGGAAAGUUGUAUACUACGAAUGUGGUUUCUAUCGAGUCAUCUAUGAAGAUGGUGACUUCGAGGAUCUAGAGAGUGGAGAAAUCCGUCCCAUUCUUAUGAGUGAUGCUGUAAAUUUUGACGCCAGUCUGACAAAGAGGAGGACCAAAUUGGAGAAAUUUGUUUCACAGAAUAGGGCUAAGGCUGCAGAUGUGGCUGAUACGGGUUCACCGAAAUCCGUGAAGGAGGAAUCUGCUGUUGAUGUUACUGGUCCUAGUGAAUUGGAUGGUGGGUUAUCAGUUGAAAAUGAUAAGGAUGAGGAUGCGGAUGAUGGAGCUGAGGAUGAUUUGUCAAGUGUCUCUGUUUCUGAUGCCGAGACAGCGCCUUUGCCACCACCGUUGCUGUUGCCACUGUCAUCUGGAUCUAUUGGUGUGCCGGAGCUGAGUGUCUCCCAUCUUUUUUCGGUCUAUGGAUUUUUAAGAUCAUUCAGCACACAAUUGUUUCUUCAUCCCUUUACUUUGGAUGAUUUUGUUGGUUCUCUUAACUGUAAAUUCUCUAACAAUUUGUUUGAUGCUAUUCACAUUUCUUUGAUGCGGGUGUUGAGGCGUCAUCUUGAAACCCUGUCACCCGAGGGAUCUGAGCUUGCAUCGCAAUGCCUGAGGUGCUAUGAUUGGAACUUGCUUGAUACAUUGACUUGGCCUGUUUUUGUGGUUCUGUAUUUAUUGGUUAAUGGGUUCACGAAAGGACCUGAAUGGAAAGGGUUUUACGACGAGGUUUUUAGUGGCGAGUAUUAUAUGUUGCCUGUAAGUAGGAAAUUAGUGAUACUGCAAAUUCUUUGUGACGACGUUUUGGAAUCUGAUGAGCUUAAAACUGAAAUGAGCAUGCGAAAGGAGUCGGAAGUUGGGAUGGAUUAUGAUGCAGAAGAUACCAUUCCUGCAGAAACAGGCCCCAGAAAGGUCCAUCCAAGAUAUGCCAGGACCUCUUUUUGUGAGGAUAAAGAAGCUACAAAAUUGGUUUCAGCGUCAAUUGCUGUAAACCAACCUGGUUUAUAUUGCAGAGAUACAGAAAACACUGCGGAUGGGGAUGCUGAUAGAAAUGGAGACGAUUGUCGCCUCUGUGGUAUGGACGGAACCCUUCUUUGCUGUGAUGGGUGUCCCUCUGCUUAUCAUUCAAGGUGUAUUGGUGUAAUGAAAAUGUUUAUACCAGAAGGACCAUGGUAUUGUCCAGAGUGCAAAAUCAACAUGGCUGGGCCCACAAUUGCAAAGGGAACCUCACUUAGAGGGGCUGUAAUAUUUGGAAGGGAUUUGUAUGGGCAGCUCUUCAUGGGCACAUGCGACCACUUACUUGUGCUUAACAUUGACAACAAUGAAGUUUGUCUUAGAUAUUACAAUCAGAAAGACAUCCCUAAAGUCGUCCAAGUGCUUUAUGAAUCCAUGCUGCACAGGCCAAUGUACUAUGAUAUUUGCAUGGCUGUGUUACAAUAUUGGAAUGUGGCAGAAAAGUUCUUACCUCUCCCUGCUUCAACUGAAACAAAUAUAAAGGAUGAGGCACAAUAUCCUGCUUCAACUGAAACAAAUAUAAAGGAUGAGACACAAUUUCCUGCUCCUUUACUUCCUCCUCCAAACGAAGACAACCAUAAGCCUGUUAGUUUGGUCCAGGGAGAGAACUCUCCAACCACUGCAAGUUUGAUUCGCAAUACUAAUAUGGUGUCUUCUCUUGAUGCUUUAGAAGUUAUCACUCAAAGUCCUGCUCUUGAUAGCAAUGGCAUUGCUAGAAGUGAAGAGGGCCUUACUAUGAAUAAGAACCUUGGUGAGGAAACUAGAAUGGAGGCAAUAAUUUCAGCUGGUUCUGUUAGUCAUCAGUCCAACCUGAACUUUCAGAAUUCUGUCAAUAUGUUCACUGCUGUAGAUGCCACUAAGCGCUCUUUGAUAAACAGUCAAUUAAGUAAUUGUGUCCAUGCAAAUGAUAUGGGGUUGCCUUUGAAUUUUUCUUCGCAAAACAAAGAAAAUGCAAAUGAUGAUUUUUGUUACAUGGGUUUCUUCUUUAAACCCAUGUCAUACAUAAAUUACUAUAUGCAUGGUGAUUUUUCUGCGUCAGCAGCUUCCAAGUUUGCCAUCGUUUCUUCAGAGGAAUCUAGGUCAGAGGGUCUUGCGCCAGACAGCCAGAAGAAAACUGCAGCAGCAUAUACUUAUAUGCAAGCAAAAGCGUUCUCACUAGCAGCUUCACGUUUCUUUUGGCCUAGUUCUGAAAAGAAGCUUGUGGAGGUUCCAAGAGAGAGGUGUGGUUGGUGCAUUUCCUGUAAAGCCCCUGUUGCUAGCAAGAGAGGGUGCAUGUUAAAUCAUGCUCUUAUAAGUGCGACAAAAAGUGCUGUGAAAAUCCUUGCUACUUUUUCUCCUAUAAGGAGUGGAGAGGGAAUUCUUCCUAGCACCAUUGCGACCUACCUUUUAUAUAUGGAGAAUUGUUUACAUGGUCUAGUCAUUGGCCCCUUCACAAAUGCAAGCUUUCGAAAGAAUUGGCGUAAGCAAAUGGAACAUGCCACAACAUUUACUGCUAUCAAGUCACUUCUACUCAAACUUGAGGAGAACAUUCGAAUCGUUGCUUUUUGUGGCGACUGGGUUAAGCUGAUGGAUGAUUGGUCGGUCGAAUUUCCCAUUAUACAAAGUGCCACAUCUACUCUUGGAACAAUUCAGAAACGUGCACCAAGUGGGAAGCGUUGUAAAAAGAAGUCAUCUAUUGAUGAAGCUAUAGUUAAUGUUUCUAAGGAAGGUAUGUGGUGGCGUGGUGGGAAAGUUACCAAGUAUAUUUUUCAGAGUGCUGCUUUGCCGAAAUCCAUGGUCAGAAAAGCAGCCCGCCAAGGUGGUUCUAGGAAAAUUUCUGGUAUUGUAUAUACUGAUGGCUCUGAAAUUCCCAAAAGAAGUAGACAGCUUGUUUGGAGAGCCGCAGUUCAAAUAAGUAGGAAUGCCUCACAGCUGGCACUCCAGGUCAGAUGUCUAGAUUCUUAUCUUAGAUGGAGUGAUCUGAUUCGUCCAGAGCAGAACAUACAGGAAGGGAAAGGUCAAGAGACUGAAGCUUCUGCUUUCCGAAAUGCAAAUAUUUGUGACAAAAAACUUGUAGAGGGAAAAGUUUGUUAUGGAAUAGCUUUUGUGAGCCAAAAGCAUCUUUCUAACCGGGUGAUGAAAAGCGUUGUUGAAAAAGAGCAAUGUCCAUUGGGAAAAGAAAAGUAUUGGUUUUCUGAAACUCGCAUUCCUUUAUAUUUGGUAAAAGAGUAUGAAGAAGGUAAUGAAAAGGUUCUAUGUGAAGAGCAGUAUAGUAGUGCAUCUCAGUUGCACAGAAGGCGGUUGAAAGGUACCUGCAAAGGCUGCAAUGACAUAUUCUUUUAUCUCGUUUGCAAGAGAGACAACUUGGCAUUCUCGUGCUCUUCAUGUCGGAUGGGCAUUUCAAUUCGGAAUGCUCACAAGUGUAAUGCAUGUCAAGGAUAUUGUCACGAGGACUGUUCAAUAAGCUCAGUCUUGAGACUCUCUACAAAUGGGAGAGUUGAGUGCUUGACCACAUGCAAACGAUGUCACCAUGCAAAGUUACUUGCUCCAAAUGUAACUAGCAAUGAAUAUCCAACCAGUCCCUUAAUCUUACAGAGACAGGAGACCAGCACUGGGACUGGGAUUAUUUUUAAGGGACCAAGGCCAAAGGCCGGUCAUUCUGAUGUGAAACAAGUCAAUUCCAUGUCAGGUUUGAAAGGAUCUAAGCGUAAAUCUCAAGAUCAAACUUCGACUUCUACCAAGAAAAAGAAUAGUCAUCCUGACUCAAAACAAGCCGUUUCUGAUUCUACUUUGGCAUCAAGCAACCGUCGCAACAAUAAUUGUUCUUGGGGUAUAAUAUGGAAAAAGAGAAGUAAUGAAGAUACAAACAUUGAUUUUAGGACAAAAAACAUAUUAUUAAAGGGAGGAUCAGACAUACCUGAUUUGUAUCCUGUUUGUCACUUAUGCAAAAAUGACUAUAGGUCAGAUCUAAUGUAUGUUUGCUGCGAGACAUGCCAAAAUUGGUAUCACGCUGAAGCUGUUGAACUCGAAGAAUCCAAAAUUUCGGAUGUGUUGGGCUUCAAAUGUUGCAAGUGUCGCAGGAUAAAAUCACCUGUUUGUCCUUACGAUGCAAAACCAAAAUCAGAAGUUAAGAAAUCACGCAGAAAGGCUUCAAAGAAACAACAUUCUGGACCUGAUUCUGAUUCUGGAGCAUUUAAUGAUAUGAGAGAGUCUGAGCCUGCUACUCCUGUGUUUCCUGUGGAGAAUGAUCCUUUACUUUUCUCUCUUGCAAAGGUUGAGCUGAUUACAGAACCUAAUCAGUUAGAUUCGGAUGUUGAGUGGAACACUCUCUCUAUGCCAGGGCCUCAGAAAUUACCCGUGAGAAGGCAUGUUAAGCAUGAGGGAGGUGGUGAUGGUUCUGUUUCAGAAAUACCUUUUCAUGAUGAAUUUUCAACAUAUAGUGAAGCAGGCAAUCUGUCCAAUCCUGCAGAUUCGAUAUUACCUUUAGAAUACGACUCUGCUGUUUUUGACAGCAAUCUGCUGAGCAACUCUGAAUUUGUAAAUAAUGAUGACAACAUGUUCAACGAUAAUACUAUCUUCGACGUAAAUGACCUGCUGCGCUCAGAUGAUAGCCAGAUUGGUGAAGGUGAUGUGACUGGGGAAUUAUUGGGCUACAACAUGGACCAGAAUAAUGAAGGUGAUGUGCCUGGGGAAUUUUUGGGAUACAACAUGGAGAAUUCUGCAUCCGACCCUUUACAUUGGACGUGUCAAACUUGUCGGGAUUGGCAAUAA